AAUGGCAGAUGAUGGUGGUGCAGAUGUAAAAAUACUUAUCUAUAAAUUUAGAAAGGAGAAUAUAUUGGAGAAGAAGUAGCUAAGGCAAUUGAUGAUGGAAUUAAUGCUGUAUUUCAAUUAAAAGAAGGUGAGAAUCCUCCAGCCACUUUAAUUUAUUCAAAAGAAAAGGUUAUUAGUUGGAGUAAUCAACUCUUAGAUUACACAAAUAGAAAUUUGAGUAAAUUAGACAAACCAUUUAAGUAUUGUGUGAGCUGCAUUAUCUAAUAAAAUAAUGAUUCAAAAUUUACAGUUGCACGUAUUUAUUCAAUUAUAUAAUAUAGUUGGUGCUAGUUUUGAUACAAACACUGAUGGUAUAUGCAGUGCAUAAAGAGAAAUUAAUGACAUUGUAAUUAUUAUAUCUGUAUUUGCAAUGUUAAUAUGAUU